CGUUUAGUGACUCCAACAAGCCAGUUGCACCGUGUUGCUUUGUCCUGUUCCAUACCUACUGAGAUUGGUUUCUCGUCCAACUCCAGAGAUUUGAAUGACUUGGUGUCAUUUCCAGUGAUUUCAAAGCAAUUUCAAGAGGGAGAACUGCGUUUCACUUAACAAUGGCUGAAAAAGAGACGGUUGUUCCCAAUGAGAAUUUGUCGGAAUGGGUAAAGAACGAUAAGCGCCGAAUGCUACAUGUUGUUUAUCGAAUUGGGGAUCUCGAUCGUACCAUUAAGUUUUACACCGAAGCUCUUGGAAUGAAGCUCUCAAGGAAAAGGGAUGUACCUGAGGAGAAGUACGCAAAUGCAUUUCUUGGAUUUGGGCCUGAACAAUCCCAUUUUGCGGUUGAAUUGACAUACAACUAUGGAGUGGACAAAUAUGAUAUUGGGACAGGCUUUGGACAUUUUGCAAUUGCAACUGAAGAUGUCUAUAAAAUGGUCGAAAACGUACGUGCCAAGGGAGGUGUUGUCACCCGUGAACCUGGUCCAGUUAAAGGGGGGGCAAGUGUCAUUGCUUUUGUGAAGGACCCAGAUGGCUAUCUAUUUGAGCUAAUCCAAAGGGGCCCUACUUCUGAACCACUGUGUCAAGUUAUGCUGCGUGUGGGUGACUUAGAUCGCUCUAUCCAGUUCUAUGAGAAGGCCGCGGGUAUGAAACUAUUGAGAAAGGUUGAUAGACCUGAAUACAAGUAUACUCUGGCAAUGAUGGGUUACGCAGACGAGAAUGAAACAACUGUUUUGGAGUUGACAUACAAUUAUGGUGUGACUGAGUACACCAAAGGAACCACAUACGCACAGGUUGCUAUAAGUACUGAAGAUGUAUAUAAGAGUGCUGAGGUUGUUAAGAUGGUUACCCAAGAGCUUGGAGGAAAGAUAACUAUGCAACCAGGCCCCGUUCCUGGAAUCGGCACAAAAAUUACUGCUUUCCUUGAUCCAGAUGGCUGGAAAACGGUCUUGGUUGACUAUGAGGAUUUCCUGAAGGAGCUUGAGUGAUCGUGAACAAGAAGGGUUCGUCAUUU